AUGGCACGAGAAAAGAGCCGACCGACUAUUAAAGAAGAUAAGUUUUACGAGUUAGAAUGGCAGAAACGAACCUCGCCUGCGGCCAAAGAAUUCUGCGAACGCACGGAAUCAUCCCGAAGGAACGUCAUGUUUCAAGAGCAACCGUGGGUUAAAAAUUUUUGCAGUUUCUCUCGAAGAAAGAGAGGAAGACGAGCCUUCCUCUCUCCUGCCUUCCGCAUUGAUCCUGACAACGGCAAAGACUGCAAGAUUGAUGAGGCGGUUUCGACGACUUUUUCAUUCCUACUAAAGGAUGAACGUAUCGCCUUCAGCAGUGACCGACCUUACGGCCUUUGUACCGACGACGAUCUUCUUACAAUGGACACUUUCACGUGGACGUACUUCUUCGACUUCAGGGACAGUCUCGAGGAGCAUACGUUGUACAGCACGUUUAUACGCAUUCCGACGAAGAAUAAUAUGGAGUGCUGUUAGGAGUUAAGAAUUUUUUACGAUCGCGUAUGGAAGGAGGUGCAGGAGAGGGGGAUCAACGACGAUCCUUCUCAUGGUGGUUGCGACGACAAGGAAAAGAGCCAGGUUUGAUGACGAAAGCGAGGGCGGGGGUGGACGAGGGGGUGCGAAGGGAACGACGGUGGUGAGGUCUAUGCCGUAACAAGGGUGGCACGAUUUCAAGAAUGCGGAGCACGUUCUCAACCAAUGCCGGCAGCCAAGGCAGUAAAACAAAUACGCCCUCACUAUAUACAGGGUGUCCCGGUAAUACCGCGCGCGCGCGUCUAUGAGCGCCUCACUCCCCCGCCGGAGGAAGAGUGUCGCGGAGUAAAGUCGACCUCGUUACCGAUACGAAUGGGGGGUAAUGUGCUGUGUACGUAGCGAGACCUUUUCAUAGGCCCCUGCGGGAAACAGGUUCUCGCGGCCGAAGCUGAAAUUAACUCGACGGCGGAAGUUUCCUGCGUGACUCUUUCUUACGUUUACCCGCGAGCCUCCGUCGAGAGCGAGACGCGAAUCUCAUUCAAUCGGCAUUUUACCGCAUCGACUUCGCGCGUCCCUCAAAUUAUGCGAGCGAACGAGUUGCGUUUCACGCAACUAAAGAGAAGCUCGUUCGCUCGUUUUCGCAUCGAGAAUUGAAAAUAAAUUUAACGAAGCGUAAAAAGUCGCGCACGCGCGCGCGUUGACCGCGGGAUUAUUGCGCAACAGAUUCACAGUUGCUACGAUAUGCAGGGCGUUAAAUCGCGAAUAAACUGUACGUCAAAUCAUUUUGCUUAGAACUCGUCAACGUUAAGUUGCGAAAUAAUGCGUACAA